CCUUGCACCCAGUCAUCGUCCUCAAUCUGCUCAGCCAUGCGCAUCUCGAAGAAGCUCAAGCGUAAUGAAGAGGACAAUGCUCCCCCGAGCUACUCCUACGAGUUCUUUCCGCCAAAAACAAGCACAGGCAUGCAAAACUUGUAUGACCGCAUUGAACGUAUGGCCAACUGGGGCCCACCGCUCUUCGUCGAUGUAACCUGGGGUGCCGGUGGACGGCUAGCAGAGCUGACCACGGAAAUGGUGAGCACGACACAAGAGUUGUUCGGACUGGACACUUGCAUGCACUUGAUUUGCACAGGCAUGCCUGCCGAAAAGGUUAAGGAGGCGCUCAAGGACGCCUACGACGCAGGUUGCCAGAACAUUCUCGCACUUCGAGGCGAUCCACCACGCGACAAGGAAAAGUGGGAAAAGACGGAAGGCGGUUUUGCUUACGCAACAGACUUGGUCAAGUAUAUCAGGAAGGAGUAUGGUGAUUACUUCGACAUUGGCGUAGCAGGCUAUUCUGAAGGACAUCCAGAGUGUACAGACAAGGAGAUGGGUCUGCACCACCUCAAGGAAAAGUGCGACGCAGGUGCGGACUUCAUUGUGACGCAGAUGUUCUACGACGUUGACGCAUUCCUUGCUUGGGUACAACGGUGUCGCGACAUGGGCAUCACAGUUCCCAUCAUUCCCGGUGUGAUGCCCAUCUCUGGCUGGGACUCCUUCCUUCGACGAGCAAAAUGGAGCAAUGCGCACAUCCCACAACAUUUCAUGGACGAACUCGAGCCGGUCAAGAAUGACGAUGCCGCUGUGCGCGACCGAGGCACCAAGCUGGUUGCAGAGAUGUGUCAAACAAUGCUUGAUAAUGGUAUUCGCCACUUGCACUUCUACACAAUGAACCUCGAAAAGGCUACACACAUGAUCAUCGAGCGACUUGGCUUACUCAAGGACGUCAAGCCGCGCGAGAUGCCGUGGCAGCGGUCAUUGGGCCUCAAUCGCAAGGACGAGAGCGUCAGGCCGAUAUUUUGGGCAAAUAGACACAAGUCUUAUAUUGCUCGCACCAAAGAGUGGGAUGAGUUUCCCAAUGGUCGAUGGGGUGAUUCACGGUCACCGGCAUUCGGUGAGCUAGAAAACUACCAAAUUGGCUUGCGUGUCCCAGCAUCGCAGGUUCCAGAGUUGUGGGGCACACCCGCCAGUGUUCAAGACGUGGCAGACCUCUUUGCGCGGUACUGCUUGGGUGAAGUCCCUUCCUUGCCGUGGUCCGAAUCUGCACUUGCACCGGAAGCAAGCAUCAUUCAGCAAAAUCUCGCCAGCAUUAAUCGCAAAGGCUACUUGACCAUCAACUCACAGCCUGCCGUGAAUGGCGCCAAGUCGAGUGAUCCCUUGUACGGCUGGGGUCCAGCAAAUGGCUAUGUCUAUCAAAAGGCAUACCUAGAAAUUUUUGUGCACCCAGACUUGCUGCCUCAAUUCAUCAAGCGCGUCGAGCAAGAUCGUGCCAAUACCUAUUUUGCAGUCAACAAGCAAGGAGACUUGAAGACCAACACCAACAGCGACGGUCCCAAUGCAGUGACGUGGGGAGUCUUUCCCGGUAAAGAAAUCAUUCAGCCAACCAUUGUCGAGGCCAUUUCGUUUUUGGCAUGGAAAGAUGAGGCGUAUCGCCUUGGUCUCGACUGGGCCACGUCCUACGACGCCGACUCUCCAGCGCGCAAACUCUUGACUGGUAUCAUGGACACUUGGUACCUCUGUGUCUUGGUGAGCAAUGACUUCCAAGACGAUAAUGCCCUUUUCACGCUCUUUGAGGACAUGCGACCAGUCUCUUCCUUGAGCAAGGCUUGAUCUUGUAUGGGUGCAACCAAGACGCAGUCCUGUAAAGUAAAACGACCUUCAUUCAACAGCGUUUUAGCAUUGGCGAUUGCACACAAAAGCUCUCAACGAGCAUCUUCUACUUCUACUAGACCAUAGAAACUGGA